CCAUUUUUAAUGAUACGCAAAAAGUUGCUCAAACACACAAUCUCAUAAAUACUUCCUUCCACGCGUUCUCCAACAAGCUUGUUCUAUUUAAAUUAUACAUAUUGAAUAGACGGGGUAAAGUUUUAACAAGAGAAUUGAGAGAAAAUGUGGCAUCCACGUGGCGGUCACUAUUUCCCUUUUCUCCUGUAUAUUCUCGCUUGGGCAGGCGAAGGUAGCCAUGGAGCAAACAAUGUGAAAAUCAAAGUUCCAGCUCUGUUCACCUUCGGGGAUUCGAUCGUUGAUCCAGGCAACAAUGACUUCAUCGCUACAAAUGUUAAGGCAAAUCACCCACCAUAUGGUGAAAAUUUUAUCGGCAACAGAUCUACGGGCCGUUUCACUAAUGGCAAACUCGCAAUGGAUUUUCUGGCUGCAUCGCUGGGGAUUAAGCAGACGCUACCGCCAUAUUUAGAUCCAAACUUAACUAACCAUGAACUCCUCACUGGAGUGAGCUUCGGUUCAGCUGGAAGUGGUUACGACAAUCUCACUGCAAAGACCGCUGGUGUGAUACCAAUGUGGAAACAAGUGAAAUUAUUCACCACUUACAAAGCGCGCGUGGAGCGAAUUGUAGGGCCCAGCAAUUCCUCCAACAUAAUAAGCCAAGCGAUCUACGUAGUCGUGGCAGGAACCAACGAUAUUGUGCAGAAUUAUUUCUACCUUCCCACCAGAAGAAAACAGUUUCGCGCUGAACAGUACGAACAAUUUCUUCUCCUUGGCUGUACCAAUUUCGUGGAGGAGCUGUACAAGAUUGGAGCCCGCAAAAUCGUCGUGUACGGGCUACCGCCGGUUGGAUGCUUGCCGAUCCAGAAAACAAUAUUGAAGCAAAACACAGUGAAUGGAUGCAUUAAGCAUUGCAACCAAGUUGCACUCUCUUACAACAAAAAGCUCAACGAAACCAUCAAAAAUCUCCAAGCUCGCCUCCCGGGCAUCAAACUGGUCUACGCAGACAUCUAUGCCAUUAUCCUUGACUUUGUAAAACAUCCUAUCAAAUACGGGUUUGAGACGUCGGCCAGAGGUUGCUGUGGAACGGGAUUAUCGGAGAUUGGGCUAACCUGCGACAGCAAAAGUUCAGUGAGCUGUAAAGAUCCGUCCAAAUAUGUUUUCUGGGACGCCGUUCAUCUGACUGAGUCGGCCUACCAUAUAGCUAGCGAUAUGAUCUUAAACGAAUAUAUUUCAGAGCUGCUGUAAUUUGCAAUGUUGUAAUAGUACCUGUCUCGCCUCAUAAUUGGCCUACAGAGUUGGAACUAAUAAAUAAAUGGUUUAGGUAAGCUUCUUCCCGGCCAAAAAAAUAAAUGGUUUAGGUGAGCUUCUUUCAUAAUUAAUUUGAAAACAAAGAGGUCAGGGUACGUACCUUAGUAGUAUACUUGGCCUCUCGGAAUCCAAGAAAUGGUCUCAGCUCAUAUUCAAUGAAUAGUAAUAUGUAUAGUAGCAUACUUGGCCUCUCUAAAUCCAAGAAAUAGAAAUUGUCUGACAUAUUCAAUAAAUAAUGAUAUGUAAACUUGGCCUCUCUAAAUUGAAGAAACACUGUCAAUGAAUAGUGAUAUGUAAACUUGGCCUCUCUAAAUUGAAGAAACACUGUCAAUGAAUAGUGAUAUGUAUACUUGGCCUCUCUAAAUCCAAGAAAUGAUCUGAUAUGUAUACUUGGCCUC